UUGGUCGGACGGUUGAUCGGUUAAUUAUUGGUUACAAAUUUUCUCUUAUUUACACUCAAAACCCUAUAGCUCUUUCUAACUGUCUAAUGUUUUGACAUACAUACGGUUGUAGUAAUUUUGCUGGACUGAUGUAUUUGUGUAUGUGAAGUGUAAAAAACCAAUACAAAACAAAAAAAAAAAAAAAAAAAAACAAUAUAUUUUUGGUGGUUUUCCGCCGACUAAAUUGUUUUUGUUCGUUUGUGUGUUUAUUGUUUUGAAAAAUUGUUCAAAAUCGUCGGCAAAACACUACUAUAACUGAACAUCGAAUUUAUUCCGUCUAAAAUAGAGCUUAAAUACGAACGUGCCAUUUCAACAAACGCUCAAAUGUGCGAUAGACACAUUUGUGAUCAUUUAAGGAAGAUUUUUAUUUAAAUGAUAUUUUAUUUUUAAUUUAUUACAAAGAAAAAGGUGUUAAAAUAAAACUUUAAACGUUUUAGAAAAUUAUAAUAAUAAAGAAAUAUUAAAUUAAAUUUUAAAAAGUGUUUUAAAACAUUCAUGAAAAUUUAACUAAUAUAUGCAAAAAUACAAAAAAUACCAUUACAUAUUUUAAAAAUUUACGAACACAACCACACACACACUCUAACUAUAGCGUGUUGAAAAUUUUGAUCUAAUUGAUCCAAAGCAACUGUGUUAAAAUUAAAUUAAAACUCAAAAAAAAAAAAAAUGUUUAAAAUUAGAAAUUUCACAUUGUCAGCUAUAAUUUUGGCCACAUUAAUAAGUUGCGUCCAACCAGAAUCCGAAUUCACUUAUUUCGGUAAUAUGGGUCCGGAUCAUUGGAGUGAACAUUACAAUCAGUGUUCGGGUAAACAUCAAAGUCCUAUUAACAUAAAUGAUGUUGAUGUGGUAAAUCGUACUUAUACAGAAAUGCUGUAUAAAAAUUUUGACAAAAUACCUUUGGAGGCCACAAUUUUCAAUAAUGGUCAUACAGUUUUGGUUAAAUUGUCCUAUGAAGGUGAUAUACCAACUAUUUCGGAGGGUCCUUUGGAGGGAAAGGGUACUUAUCAAUUUCAACAGUUACACUUUCAUUGGGGCGAAGAUAAUACGGUAGGCAGUGAGGAUCGUAUUAAUGACGUGGCCUAUCCCAUGGAAUUACAUGUCGUUUUCCGUAAUAGUAAAUAUGACAGCUUUGAGGAGGCUGUGAGAAGAGACGAUGGAGUUUUGGUAAUGGCGGCAUUUUAUGAGAUUGGCAAUUACACAAAUUUCGAAUAUGAUAACUUGACUACACAUUUAGAAUUAAUCCAUGAACCACACACCAAUGCAACAUUAAAAGAAACCAUGGAUUUAUGGAGUUUAUUGCCCAAAGACUUAAAUAGAUAUUAUACUUACAUUGGUUCAUUGACCACACCACCUUGCAGUGAAGAUGUUAUCUGGAUUGAUUUUAUAAAUCCCAUAGGCAUAUCAGAGGAUUUGAUUGAACGUUUCCGUUAUUUGAAGACUUUUGAUGGUUCAUCUCUCACACACAAUUUUCGUCCAGUACAACCUUUAAAUAAUCGCAAAGUGUAUAGAUCAGUGCCUGAGAUUAUUGAAAGAAUACCUGACGAUUUUGCUAGUGAAGCUUCAUCGAUUAAGCUGAAAUCAUCCAUUCUUUAUUCUUUGCCAAUCUUAAGUAUUUUAUUAGUUUAUUUUAACUUGAAAACACAUUUUCAUAUAUUUUAAGGUAUUUUUAAGCCAUAUUAGAGUAGUAUUAUUAAUUAUAUCAUAUUAGUUUAGUUUAACUUUAUUUUAGUAGAUAUUUUCUAAUUGUUAAAGUAACGGAAAUCACUUUUCAUAGUAUAUUUACCAUGCAUUUUUCGAUUGGGCUGCUUUAGUCUUGAAAAUUUGCUAAUUUUUCAUAUCGUCUUCCAAACUGUAGAAUAUAUUCCGAAUUUGCUUAAUUUACUAAGAAGAGUGCAUUUCUUCAAAACAACGCAGGUUUUAAAAACUAUUUUUAAGAUUUUAUAUAGAGCUGAAACAGCGAAUUUACCCUUUUGAAAAUUACUUAGAUUCUAAUUGAGUAUUUAUUAAUUUAUUCUCGAGUUUUAAAUUCUUAUGAUAACGACAAAUGAUUUCUCUUUACAAAAAAGGUUUUUGAAAAUGUAUAACUGAAUUUUAAACCAGUUUUAUUUCUAGUUCAGUUCUAGUCCAGUUCUAGUUCAGUUCUAGUCCAGUUCUAGU